AUGCCCGACCAAGGCGGACCAUUCACAUAUCCUCCUCUUCCUCCAGAUGCGGAUGCUAUCCGGAUUCUAAUAUUAUCAGCUGGGAAUUUCAACGACCCCUUGGAGUGCAUGCUCACAUCAACGGCAUUUGGCGAAAAACCGGCUUACGUCGCUCUGUCGUACACUUGGGGCUUCCCGUACCCUGACAUGUCAGAGAUGCACGUCUCGCCAGACGUUGCGGGUUCGACGGCGCCGCUACGAGGGAUUUCGACCCAGAAUACACCAUACAUCUCGAAUACAGCGUUGCUCAGAUUGAAUAACCAACUGUUUCCAGUCGGCCCCAAUCUACUACUACUCGCAUUGUUACACCUACGCUCGCCAAAGUACACCCUACCUUUAUGGGUCGAUGCUAUCUGUAUCAACCAGGCAGACACGGAAGAACGAAAUCGACAGGUCUCUCUAAUGUCGUAUAUUUAUACAAGAGCAAUAAAGGUUGUCGCCUGGCUUGGAACACAACGGUACAAGAACAUGGCUGGCCUGUUUCGCAUAAUGUCCCUGCAGUGGAAAGCAGGCCACACCCGGCAUCUUAGAGCUACCAUCGCAGAGGGUAGAGAGACAAGGUGUUCACCCCAACCAACCAAGGCAACCCUUAUACGUAUUUCUAAGAGUACUUAUUGGACAUGUUUGUGGAUUGUGCAAGAGGUCUGUCUUCCUUGA